CGAUGACCCUCCGCCGCCUCCUCGUGUCCCACCUGCUGCUGGAGCUGUGCGGCCGCUCGCUGCCCGUCGCCCCGGGGCCCGGCUCCGAAACCAGCCGCUACCUGGACCCCUGCAAGGCGGUGGCUUUCUGGGGAGAUAUUGCUCUGGAUGAAGAGGAUCUGAAAUAUUUCCAUAGCGAUGGAAGCGCAGAUUUGACGGGACAGGGAAUGGACAGGAGCGGCUACACCUCGGGUAGCCCCGUCAUCGGGAGAGAGAAGAGUGGGCAAGCGGGAGCUUCCCGGAGCAGAGUGGAGCGAGCCGCUACCUCGAGGGCAGAACGGAUCUGGCCUGAGGGAGUCAUUCCCUACGUCAUAGGAGCGAACUUCACUGGAACGCAGCGAGCCAUAUUUAAACAAGCCAUGAGGCACUGGGAGAGGUACACCUGCAUCACCUUUGUGGAGCGAUUGGCCGAGGACAGCUUCAUUGUCUUUACCUACCGACCGUGUGGGUGCUGCUCCGUUGUGGGCCGGCGUGGGGAGGGACGACAGGCCAUCUCCAUCGGCAAAAACUGCGACAAGUUUGGCAUCGUGGUGCACGAGCUGGGUCACGUGAUCGGCUUCUGGCAUGAACACACCCGGCCCGACCGGGACGGCCACGUCAGCAUCAUCCGGGGCAACAUCCAGCCAGGGCAGGAAUAUAACUUCCUGAAGAUGGAGCCGGCAGAAGUGAACUCCCUGGGAGACAUCUAUGACUUUGACAGCAUCAUGCACUACGCCAGGAACACCUUCUCCAGGGGCGUUUUCUUGGACACCAUCCUCCCACGGAGAGAUGACCAAGGCCUGCGACCAACCAUUGGGCAGAGAGUGAAGCUGAGUGAAGGGGACAUCAGCCAAGCCAAUAAGCUGUACCGUUGCCCAGCCUGUGGCGAGAGCCUGCAGGACUCUGCUGGGAACUUCUCCAGCCCGGGGUUCCCACGCAGCUACCCCCCCUUCACCCACUGUGUGUGGAGGAUCUCAGUCACCCCCGGAGAGAAGAUCAUAUUAAACUUCACCUCCCUGGGGCUGUCCAGGAGCCGACUCUGCUGGUACGACCACAUUGAGGUACGGGAUGGGUACUGGAGGAAGGCACCACUGCUGGGACGGUUCUGUGGACCACGGCCACCCCCACCACUGCUCUCCAGCGACAGCCGCCUGUGGGUGGAGUUACGCGGCUCCAGCAGCAGGGGGAGCCACGGCUUCACCGCCAGCUACACAGCGAUCUGUGGCGGAAACAUCCGGAAGGACGCGGGUCAGAUCCAGUCGCCCAACUACCCCGACGACUACUGGCCCUCCAAGGAGUGUGUGUGGACCAUCGCCGUGGCAACAGCCUGCCACGUAGGCCUCAUCUUCCAGGCUUUCGAGGUGGAACGCCACGAUACCUGCGCCUACGACUACCUGGAGGUCCGUGAUGGCGACGGCCACGAUGCCCCCCUGAUUGGCCGCUACUGCGGUUACAACAAUCCCAGCAACAUCAGGUCGAGCUCCAACACACUCUGGCUCCGCUUCAUGUCCGACACUUCCAUCGGCAAGGCUGGCUUCACCGCAGACUUCUUCAAGGAGGUGGACGAGUGUGGGGAUGCAGAGCGAGGGGGCUGUCAGCAGCGCUGCAUCAACACCCUGGGCAGCUACGAGUGUGGGUGUGAGCCCGGAUACGAGCUGGCAGCUGACGGCAGGAGCUGUGAUGCGGCGUGCGGGGGCCUGCUUACCCAGCUGAACGGUACAGUGAGCAGCCCCGGCUGGCCCCGGCCCUACCCCGGCAACAGGCGGUGUGUGUGGCAUCUGGUGGCACCGGCACGUCACCGCAUCUCCCUGCGAUUCCUGGCCUUCGAGCUUGAGGGAAACGACGUGUGUAAGUACGACUACGUUGAGGUCCACAGUGGCCUUGACUCUGGAUCCAAGCUCCACGGCCGUUUCUGUGGCUCCCAGACGCCGGAUGUCAUAACGUCCCAGCUCAACAACAUGCGCAUCGAGUUCACGUCUGACAACACUGUGUCCAAGAGCGGCUUCAGGGGGCAGUUCUUCGCAGACAAGGACGAGUGCUCACUGAACAACGGGGGCUGUCAGCACCAGUGUGUGAACACACUGGGCACCUACAUCUGCCAGUGUCGCCUCGGCUACACCCUGCACGGGAACGGCCUCGACUGCAAGGAAGCCGGCUGUGGACACAGAGUGGACAAUGUGGAGGGAGUCAUCACCAGCCCCAACUGGCCCGACCCGUACCCCAACCGCAAGGAGUGUAGUUGGACCAUCUCCGCACCCCCUGGGCACAGGGUCAAGCUGGCCUUCAUGGAGUUUGAGAUGGAGCUGCACCAGGAAUGUAUUUACGACUAUCUGGAGGUGUACGAUGGUCUCAGCGAGAGGUCCGCCUUGUUGGGCCGGUACUGCGGCAGCAAGAAACCAGAAACCAUUGUCACCACGGCAAACAAAAUGUCCCUCAGAUUCUUCUCAGACGCAUCGGUGCAAAGGAAGGGGUUUCAGGCACAGCACAGCACAGAGUGUGGAGGGGAGCUACGUGCCAGGGUGAGGACUGGAGAGCUGUACUCGCACGCCCAGUACGGGGACAACAAUUACCCAGGGCAGCUGGCCUGCGAGUGGUUGAUCACGGCAGAGGAGGGCUACGCAGUCGAGCUCAUCUUCCUCACCUUCCAGCUGGAGGAGGAGGCCCACUGUGCAUACGACCGCCUGCAGCUGUACAAUGGCCCCAACCACAGCGCGCCCCUACUUGGCACCUUCUGUGGGGCAGGGCCCCAGGAGGUGGUCUACUCUGAGGGGAACUCCAUGUUGCUGCGACUCCACACAGACGACACCAUCAGCAGGAAGGGAUUCCACGCUCGAUACACCAGCACCAAGUUCCAGCACCAGUUACACCCCACGAUGUGA